UUUGCGUGUAUAUGCGAGCUCGCUGUUGCAGGCAGCGAGCGCACCAUGCGGACAUCGGGAUGACAACACCAAACAACAACUGACCAUUAGACCAGCUGCUGGUGGUAUCAAUUUUCUUUUACUCAAAGCCGUGAAUAAGCCCAGGCUAUACCGGGUCGGCAAAAGGCGUACAUGUUUUGACGCCACGGAUUUUCGGAUUUGUACCACGAUCGUCGGUCAGAUUGAUUAGUACGGUACUUAACAAUCAUAAGUUGAAAGCACUGUUGAUAAGUUCCAUCCAUUGCACUUCGUCUUCUCCCAAUUGGCAAUCCGUCAUGCUUCAGCUGCUUGACCUGCCCAUUUCUCACCACACGCAGCUCGUCCUCGGUGCUGCGGUUUGUCUUGGGACAGUCGGAGUGGUUGUUUGGGCUUGCCUUCCUAGAUCAGAGUAUGGCCUUUCUCUUCCACCUUCUCCACCCACUUGGAGUCUUCGGGGGCACUUCCUACCCGUUUGCAACUCAUUUCUCACUGUAGCGGGAUGGAUUGACGAGUACGGUCCUCUGGUCACCAUUCGUUCAGGAACUGAGACCAUCGUUAUUAUCGGCCGUCACAAAGCCGUGGUGGAUAUCAUGGAGAAGCAGGGCGGAUCACUGGCUGAUCGUCCUCGCAUGAUUGCUGCUGGAGAAAUUCUUAGUGGCGGACAGGCAAUUGGUUUUAUGCACGCUGGACACAGGUUUCGUCGGAUGCGUAGGGCACUUCAUUCGCAUCUCCAGCCUAAAGCGGCUGAGGCUUAUCAGUCUCUGCAGAUGGCCCACGCGAAAAACACGGUCCUGGACAUUCUCGAUGAUCCGUACAACUUCCAGAACCAUGCCACAACUUAUGCUGCGGCGACGAUUAUGAAAGUUACAUAUGGGAAAACUACGCCCACGUCUGCAACUGAUCCAGAAGUCAAAGAGAUUAACCGGCUUUUUGAGACCUUUGGUGCAGUCCUACGCCCUGGUGCUUACCUGGUAGACUCGAUACCGUGGCUCAAAUACCUUCCUUGGUAUGGCCAAGAAUUGAAACGGGAGUUUGAGAGGACCAGGCAACUCUACACCAAGCAGCUGAACCGCGUUAAACAGCAAUUACAGAGUAAUGUGGACGUUGGCCCUUCGUUCAUGAAAUAUAUGUUAGAAAAUGAGCACUCUUACGGUUUGACUGAGACCGAGAUGGCCUUUCUUGGUGGCGCCUUGUUUGGAGCUGGGUCCGAUUCGACUGCUGUGGCAAUAUGCACGGUACUAAUGGCAGCCGCAUGUUUCCCCGAGGAACAAGCUAAAGUUCAGGCCGAGCUCGACGCGGUCAUCGGAAGGCAACGAGUGCCGACCUUCGCCGACCAACCAAGCCUUCCUCGUCUGGAGGCUUUCAUCGCCGAGGCUUUAAGAUGGAGACCGCUGGCUCCUAAUGGAUUUCCUCACCGAACGACUCAAGACGUGAUUUGGGAAAACUAUUGCAUUCCCGCCGGGACUACGGUACUGGGUAACCAUUGGGCCAUCUCUCGAGAUGCAGAAGUCUACCCUGACCCCUAUGUGUUCAAGCCUCAGCGCUGGCUUAACGAUCAAGGUCGCAUGAGAGACGAUCUUAAAUUCUUCGUCUACGGGUUUGGUCGGCGCAUGUGUCCCGGUCUACACGUUGCGAACAGAUCAGUCUUCAUAAACUCGCUCCUUAUUCUUUGGUCCUUCCAGCUCAGUUUGGAUCCUACGAAGCCGCUGAAUGACAUGGGGUUUAUGACCGGGGCGAUGCCACGCGAUCGGCCGUGCGCUAUCGACUUUAAGAUGAGGAUUCCGGAAGUGGAACUCAGGCGUAUGAUGCAGAGUUAUCCUGAGGUCGCGUGAGAUGCGUCGAUGCCUGGAUUGGGACGCCACUAGGCAGGGAACAAAGAGCCAGUUCGGAAUGAAUCGCCAUCUUGUUCAUCUUUCCAGGACUCGCUGUAUCACAUCACAUUUUUGGCCUUGUUACCAUAACAAUACCUUUCAGUUGUGUAUUUUUCAAACAGAAGCAGAUACCAAUGUUUUAACAAAUGCGUGAACUUACC